AAUCUACGGACCUGACUCCGAUGUUUGUGCGACGAUGAGGACCGAUAUGUCAUCCGACCUACCUUCGAUAAACCUGAAGGCGUGCACCUCCAGCGCACAUUCGCGAAAGCCAAUCGCGUGUUGGAAAAUGGGAUGGACAAAACGAUACCUCCACGUCAGCAUUCAUGUUGCACGGCAGAGGGGCUGACCAUCGAUGAUUCGAUAUUGCUUUGUGCUGUCAUGUACCACAUCGGUAUCCCUGACGGGAUCACACUGAGCGCUCCGCAGAGAAGGGCAAUGCCGGGGUGCUUUCUUGUCGAAUGGUGAAAUAUGUGGGAGCAAAUUCUCAUAUCGAGGAUAAAAUGCUCGCCACUCAUUUACUCCCGCAUAUGCUCAAACAAUCUACAGCGAAAAUGGAGUCGGAUAAGCAGCUGAUGACGACUCCGGUCAAUCGAAAGAAGGAGGAACAGGGCUCGCCUGAUCCAUCCGACGUAAGCACCGAAACCAGCUGUUCCAGUCCUGAGCCAUCUCCUUUCCGUCUUCCACCAGCCUGGGCCAAUUCGCCAUUCUUCGCGAUGCUUCGCCAGCCAAUGAAGCCCUCUAUCCAGCCGAAGCGCUUGGCUGCGAAGCCACAAGCGCGGGUACAGAUCUUCGGCGACUUAGUGCUCAUCGACGGCGAAUACGAGGAGAUUCUCUUGCCACCUUCUGUUAUGGUCUCCAGAGAAGACUAUGAGCGACAAAGCCGAGCGUACCUGGAACAACAAUGGAGGAUGUUCCCAGAACGAAGGGCGCGGCUCGCACCAUACCCAGGUACUGUCAGACAGCGUGUACGACCGGAGCUAAAGAGUGAACAUACAUCAAGCGAGCCUUCAAUCAACCCAGGUGAUGAAACGCCGACUCAGGCGAUCGGGUCUUCCACACUGAAUGCUUCGCAUACUGAGCUCGAAUCUGAUGAACACAGUCCGUCGGCUUCGUUGGCGGUCAUUGGAAAUCAAACCCUGCAAAGCACUGGCACUUUCCCACAGGCUGUUGAAGAAGAUGCAGAUCCCACAGAAUAGCCUCCACUUGUCGAGCAAUCUGUUGCAUCAAAUUGCGCUUAUAAAAGGUGCCACAAAUCAAUUUCGCCAACUCCCCGAGCAAAUGGAGCCGGUGCAACGAGCAAAAUGCGAAGAAAAUGUCUCCAGAAGCUUGCUCUGUCAUGUUGGGGAUGUUCUGUGCCCGGAGAGGUAUCGUUGCACAGAUUGUGCCGCCCGCCAUUCGAUAGUCUGUGUUCCUGUACCACAGCGUUGCGAUGUCAUGCACGCUCAGUAUUCCUGUUUUGGCAUUGUGCUCCGAGGAACUACGAAGCGCACUCCGUUGUGCAAAUGGAGCGAUGGCAUGAUGAACGAUGAUCACGCUCGUCGCGACGUUGCUUAUCAAUGAAGCACUGGUCCCUGAAUACAUUUACGUUCUACUCUGC